AAGUGGUAUAAACCCUCCCGAGGCGUCCUGUGCACCUUCUUCUCCAAAAGAGAUCUGAAGAAAUCUCCGGACUUCGCUCACAGCUCGCACCACCCUAAGAGAAUCCAUGGACCCUCAGCCUGAACCGGUCAGCUACAUCUGUGGAGAUUGCGGCAUGGAGAACACGCUGAAGCCUGGGGACGUCAUCCAGUGUAGAGAGUGCGGGUACCGCAUCCUCUACAAGAAGCGAACCCGCCGAAUUAUUCAGUAUGAGGCCCGUUGAGGACGUGGGCUUCAGUUUCCAUACAGACUUCUUUGUCGUCGUGACUGGAUAUGUGGUAUGUCUUUGGAUGGUAGUCAUGAAGAAACGAGAGGUAACUGCUAUGCAGUCUUGCAAGCAUUUGUGGUGCCAACUUGUCAAGAGUGUGGAUAAUGUUGAUAUAUUUUGAGUCCCUAUUAAAUGUGUAUCAUGACACCAGUUUGUUUGACUUCUUUUUAUCCGGUAGGAGCGGUUUUUGUUUGUCAAUUAACUCAUUUU